GAUUGGUAGUUUGUGGGCUCGCCUGCACCAUUGUUUCUUCUGUUCUUCAUCUGCGGCAGAUGCCGGUUCUGCACGAAUCCAGCAUUCCGGUGUAAAGCCCGUCAAAAUCUGCGAUGUGUGUAUGAUUCUCUCCCUCGUGAUGAAAGCGCGAUCAUCUGACGGCGGUGUUACCAGUAUGAAUGAAUAUUAAAGCCUGUUCCUUUCUGCAUUUGAGUCAUGAGUGGGAUUCUGAAGAGGAAGUUUGAGGAGGUGGAGGGAGCGUCUCCGUGCUCAUCUCUGCGGGAGUCUGAGGAGGAGGAGAUCUCCAGCACUGAGAGCGGAGACAGCAGCGACAGCGUCAACCCGUCGGCUUCCCACUUCACACACUCCACAGCGACGGCAGCGUCAGCGCAGACACACACGCUACAGCGCACAGCCUCCUCCAUCCUGAAGCGGGAGAAGCGCAUGAGGACGCGGCGGGUGCACUUCGAGAAGGUGACGGUGUAUUACUUCAGCCGGCGGCAGGGCUUCACCAGCGUGCCCAGUCAGGGUGGCAGCACUCUGGGCAUGUCCAACAGACACAGCUGCAUCCGGCAGUACACACUGGGAGAGUUCGCCAUGGAGCAGGAGAGGAUCCACAGAGACAUGCUGAGAGACCACCUGAAGGAGGAGAAGCUCAACUCCAUACGCCUGCGGUUGACGAAGAACGGCUCAGUGGAGUCUGAGGAGGCGAAUGCUCUGACGCUGGACGACGUCUCUGAUGAUGACCUUGACAUUGAUAACACAGAGGUGGACGAGUACUUCUUCCUCCAGCCACUGACCACUAAGAAGCGACGUGCUCUGCUGCGCUCGUCCGGAGUCAAGAAGAUCGAUGUGGAGGAGAAACACGAGCUGCGGGCCAUCAGGGUGUCCAGAGAAGACUGUGGCUGUGACUGUAGACUCUUCUGUGACCCAGAAACCUGCACAUGCAGCCUAGCCGGCAUCAAGUGUCAGGUGGACCGAAUGUCUUUCCCUUGCGGCUGCACGAAAGAGGGCUGCAGCAACGCAGCCGGCAGGAUCGAAUUUAAUCCCAUCCGAGUGCGGACUCACUUCCUGCACACCAUCAUGAAGCUGGAGCUGGAGAAGAGCCGCGAACAGCAGAACUCCGGCGCUGUGGCUGGAAACGGAUUUCACAGCGACCCCAAUGGACACUGCAGCCCGCUGGCGACGGGACAGCACGCACUGGAGUAUGCAAUCCCAGAUACAGUCCCGCAGACCACCAUCAUGCACCUGCAGUCUGGAGACGACAUGGACGAGGUCUUGGAGGACGAAGAGGAAGAGGAGGAGGAUGAAGAUGAAGAAGAUGAAGAGGAUGAUGAAGAUGAUGAAGAUGAUGAUGAUGAUGAAGAUGAAGAUGAAAAAGACGAUAGCAGCAGUUUGUGCAGCUUAUCCGAUUCCAGCACGCAGAGUUUGGCCAAUAGCGACUCUGAGGAGGAAGAUGAUGAUGAGGAUGAAGAUAAGGUGAAGGAGUUUGAAACAGGAUUGGCCAAUAGCGAAGUGGCUCCGCCCCCUUCUGUGAUGCGUUACUCUGAGAAUACGAUCACGUCAGACAACCAAACAAACGGCAACUCGUACUUCAUCAACUCCACCGCAGAGUACUACUCAAUGGAGAACGUUACCCCGCCCGUACUUUUGGCCUCCAACCAAUCCAGUGAGCCCUACAUAGGCGACACUGCGUCUUAUCAAGACAGGGUUAACGACUCAAAUAGGGUCAUGUCUCAGGGUCCCUUUAAUGUGACCGCUGACCAAUACGCGGACUAUUCCCAGCAGCCAGAGCAGCCAUAUGCUAAUCACCACUUGGCCGUGAUUGGCUGCUGCACUCCAGAGCCAGAGAAAAGCAUCCAAUCUAAAGGGAGCUUCCUCAGCCAAUCAGGAGAGCUGAACCAGAUGGAGUUUCAGAACUAUCUGAACAACAACACGCAGGAUACAGGCUACAAUGCCAAUGGGAACUGUUAUGUAGCUGAGCAGCCAAAGGAGAUGCCUCACAAUCUGCCUGACGUUUCGCUAGCGGACACCGCGAAAGAAACUACUUUACUGGACGCUUUCCCCGAGCCCACUCCGGUUUAGAUUCAACAAGCAAGAGGCAAGAGAGUAUAAAGCAGCUUUCAAUUCUGCACAUCAACGUUUCAUUUCGACAGAUUUCCUGUUUAACGUUUUGAACGGGGGAGGGAGGGGGUGGUCCAAAAAUAUGUAUUUUUACUGAACUUUGCAAAGAACAAAAACUGCAAACUCAAAGCGUAUGAUAAGCUUCAGGUUGGAGGCAUACUUUAGGCGAGUACGUCAUUGCAAAUGCUUCUAAUUUCGAUAACAAAAAAAUCUCAUAAUAUAAUUUUUGUGUUGAUGUAAUCUACAAAAAUGCGAAUUUGUGAAAAUGGGAAUGAUGCGCACAUGCAUUGUAUGUUUAGUCUAUAGGCAAGAGUGAGUACUUGACAACCAAAAAUAUCACUGGUGGACGACAGAAUCGUUUGUGCAGCCAUAUAGUGUUUCUUUUUGCAGUCACGCUGCCGUCUACUGGCUUGGCAUGCAGAUAGCAGCCUUUUCAGGCUGAUAUCACGAGGAAACUAAACUAUUUUACGUACUUUUACUUUAGUGGCUACUUCAUACGAAUUUGUACGAGUUCAGUCCUUCAAAAAUGUACGAUUUUAAAAAGGAGGCGUGGCACCCAACUGCAU